AUGUCUCAGUUUUCACUCAGUUGUCGAAUAGAAAAGUCUGAAGACAUAAUGUCAGAAAGUCUCUACAUUAAAAACGCUUGCAUCGUAAACUUUGAUUCCAUCCAAGAAAAUUCAGUCAUCUUUAUCGAAAAUGGAAUCAUAAGCUUCAUUGGAAGUGAAGCUGACUUUAAGGCACCAGAAAAUGUUAAAAUAAUCGAUGCAGAAGGAAAAUAUGUUCUACCCGGUGGCAUUGAUCCUCACACACAUUUUGAGCUAGAAUUCGGCAAUACAGUGGCUGUUGAUGACUUCUUUCAUGGAACAUGUGCAGCUGUUGCUGGUGGAACCACUUCUAUUAUUGAUUUUGUGAUACCAAAGAAAGGUGAAUCACUACUUAAUGCUUAUGACUCUUGGCGCACACGUGCUGAUAGUAAAGCUGUUUGUGACUAUGCAUUGCACUGUGCCAUUACUUGGUGGAGCCCACAAGUCAGAGACGAAAUGGCAAUUUUAUGCAAAGAAAAAGGAAUCAAUUCCUUCAAGAUGUUUAUGGCAUACAAAGGCUUGUUUAUGCUCGAUGACAGCGAACUUUAUGAAACUUUCGAGCAUUGUCGAGAUCUUGGUGCUAUUGCUCAAGUCCAUGCUGAGAAUGGAGACAUUAUUGCCAAAAAUACAGAAAAACUACUUCAAAGUGGAGUUCGUGGACCAGAAGGUCAUCAACUCUCAAGAACUGAGGAUGUUGAGGCUGAAGCUACAAACCGAGCUUGCGUCAUUGCUCAUCAAACAAAUUGUCCACUUUAUGUUGUGCAUGUUAUGUCUAUUUCAGCAGCAGAAGAAGUUGCUAGAGCUCGUCAAAGAUGGGGCAAGAACUUCAUUUUUGGUGAGACACUUGCUGCUGCUUUAGGAACAACUGGAAAUGAAUAUUAUGACAAAUGCUGGCAUCAUGCUGCAGCUCAUGUAAUGUCACCUCCAUUACGUCCAAACAAAGAAACACCUGCAGUGCUGAUGAAAAUGUUGGGUGAUGAUGAUCUUCAAGCUACUGGAUCUGAUAACUGCACGUUUAAUAAGAAUCAGAAGGAACUAGGAAAAGAUGAUUUUUCAAAGAUUCCUAAUGGUGUCAAUGGAGUUGAGGAUCGAAUGAGUGUCAUUUGGGAGAAAGGUGUGCAUGCUGGGAUCAUUGAUGCUAAGAAGUUCGUUGCUGUGACAUCCACAAAUGCAGCCAAAAUUUUUAACAUCUACCCACAAAAAGGUUCAAUAACAGUCGGAGCUGAUGCAGAUCUUGUCAUUUGGAAUCACAAAGCUACUCGCACAAUUUCAGUCAAGACUCAUCAUCAUGCUUGCGAUUUUAAUAUUUUUGAAGGAAUGGUGUGUCACGGAGUUCCAGAAAUAGUCAUUGUCAAUGGAAAUGUUGCAUUUGAGGAUGGGAAGUUGAAUGUCACUGCUGGAAGUGGACGAUUCGUUCCAUCGAAUGUCUUCAAUCCAAUGAUCUUUCCUAAAUGAUCGU